AUGGCAAAAGCUCACGACUGUGCAAUAGCUGCCUACCGCAUCAUUUACCAAUACAUAUCAGGCAUCUAUAAGACCUGCAGUACACGUUCGGCAUCUGAUCCCUCUCACUACUUUUAUGAUUUAUGGCACUCAAAUUCCAAUGCUAACAUCUACUCUAUGCCUCCAAUGCCGGAACGUCAAAGCGCUGGCAUCCGAAUAAUCGAAAAGGAUGGAAUUUUAAAGGUUACUAAAGGCACAGUCACGGUGAAGCGCGGUAAAGAAGACAACUACAACGUAGAAAAGGAUGAUGAUUACCAAGUGAAAGUCGGAGAUAUCCUCUCCUGGAUUGCUGAAUGCGACUACGAGAUCGAUUACCCUACGUAA